AUGUUCAAAUCAACGAUUUUCGCCCUCGUGGGCUUAUUAAUCUUCAGUUUUGGACGCGUCGAUGGUGCAACGGUCCGCGUCGACCUGGAUCCGUUGUCGGACGAGUUCAUCGACCACAUAAAUUCGAUACAAUAUUAUUGGAGCGCCGGCCGCAAUUUUCACAAGAAUACGCCGAUUUCUUAUUUCAAAGGAUUGAUGGGUGUGCACGAGAAGAACGCGGAAUACCCGAAAUUAGAACAACUGUUGACUUACACUGACGCACCGAUAGAUCUGCCGGAAACUUUCGACGCUAGGGAACAAUGGCCGCAUUGUCCAACUAUUAGGGAAGUCAGGGAUCAAGGAUCAUGCGGGUCUUGUUGGGCUUUUGGAGCUGUAGAAGCUAUGUCAGACCGUGUCUGCAUUCACUCUAAUGGCACUAAAAAUUUCCAUUUUUCGGCUGAGAAUUUAGUUUCCUGUUGCUGGACAUGCGGCUUUGGAUGUAAUGGAGGCUUCCCAGGAGCAGCAUGGAACUAUUGGAAAACUAAAGGCAUUGUUAGCGGUGGUGCAUAUGGAUCCAAUAUGGGAUGUAUUCCAUACGAAGUUGCUCCGUGUGAACAUCAUGUGAAUGGUACUCGAGGACCAUGUAAAGAAGGAGGUAAAACUCCUAAAUGUGUUAAAAAGUGUGAAGAUGGAUAUAAAGUGCCAUAUGCACAAGAUUUGCACCAUGGUAAAUCUGCAUACUCCCUUAGAAAUGAUGUCGAUCAAAUAAGACAAGAAAUUUAUACCAAUGGUCCCGUUGAAGGGGCAUUCACUGUAUAUGAAGAUUUUAUAGCUUAUAGAGCUGGAGUAUAUAAGCACGUUGCUGGUAAGGCUCUUGGAGGCCAUGCAAUUAGGAUCCUUGGAUGGGGUGUUCAGAAUGGUGAAAUACCAUACUGGUUGGUAGCUAAUUCUUGGAACACUGAUUGGGGUAGCGAUGGCUUUUUCAAAAUUUUGAGAGGAAGUGACGAGUGUGGCAUUGAAGGACAAAUUAAUGCCGGUUUACCAGCUUAA